UUCUCCCUCCCUCCCUCCCUCUCUCUCUCUCCCUCGCGCUCUCCUUUGCUGAAUCUUAUUGAUCCAGAAGGUGGCUAAUUAGCCCUUCCCGUCGUGCCUGUGUAAUGAAGCACAUGCGCACUGAAUUAAUCACAGCCAUUUUUUUUGCAGGAAACUAAUUAGCAGGAAUAAAGAUCCAAAGAGUUUUUUUUUCCUUUUCAAUCAUCAGAUCUCACUUUCACCUCUUCCUCUCUCCCUCUAACACGAGACUCAUCGCCCGCUUUGCAUCCAAAUUAUUUUUAUAUUGCCUUUACAACUAAUACUUCGGCUCUUUUUUUUUCUCCUCUCCCCUCUCUACUCGCCGCAACAACAAUGAUCUUUCUUUUAGCAUCCUAAACGCAAACUGACCAAAAGGGACUGCCUUGAUGGGAUCUUUAGCCAAACCGUCUCAAUACUGGAUUAAAAAGCAAAGCGAAGGAUCUCAAAGCGGCAGCAAAAACAUUGCCUGGAUGCGAUGAACGCCUCAUGUAGGCAUCAGCAUGGAAAGCUGUGAGUCUCCCGUGGUUUCUGGGACAGACGAUGGGCUCAGCUCCUCAACCACCUCCCAGCAGCCUCAGCAGCAUCCUCCUCAACCCUGGAACGAUCGCCCUAGUGCACAGGUCACUCCCAGCAACCACCCCCCUUCCUUGGAUCCCCUGUCUCUCUCAGCUCAGCUCCAGAGCUCUAGCACGCCUCGUGAGGUUGUGAGAGAACAGAGACAACAGCAGCAGCAAACACGGACCCCAUCCCAGGCUACCACUGACAGCUCCAACAGCAGCCAACUGCACCCCAGACGAGAGGGGUUGGAGGAGGAGGAGCAGGAGGCAGGGAGCUGUGGAGAGGACGACGACGACUUGGAGGACUUGGACGAUAUGGAGAUUGACAACUGUUUUCCGAGUUUGCAGCCCUUCCCAGGCAUACCUCUAGCUCCAGUAGGAGGGGGCAUGCCCACUCUCAUGCGGCAGCAGCCUAUCCAGCGGAGGGAUGCUAUGGAAAGUGGGAGUGAAGAAGGAGAGGAAGAGGAGGAAGAAGAGAGCAGCGAUGUGGAAAACCUAGCUGGGGAAAUUGUCUACCAGCCUGAUGGCUCAGCUUACAUUGUGGAAAGCCUAAGCCAGCUUAUCCAAAGUGAUGGGGGCAUGACAUCUAGUAUGCUUCCCUCUAAUUUUCUCUCUGGUGGUGGUAAAACAGGGGAGCCUGCCGGAACCUCCUCAUCAGUUUACCCUCAGAUCAUCAACACGUUCCACAUAGCCUCAUCUUUUGGAAAGUGGUUUGGCUCCUCAGACCAAGGUUUCCCCAAUACCUCAACUACGGCAGGCCAUAGUCCUGUACUGCACAGUUUCCGCGUUUUUGAUGUGCGGCACAAAAGCAACAAGGAUUAUCUAAACAGCGACGGGUCUGCCAAGAAGUCUUGUGUAUCCAAAGAUGUUCCCAACAAUGUGGAUUUCUCUAAAUUUGACGGGCUAGCCCUUUACGGUAAAGGCAAGCCUAUUCUCAUGUGUUUUCUCUGCAAACUGUCCUUUGGUUAUGCUCGCUCCUUCGCCACUCACGCUGUCCAUGAUCAUCGCAUGACCUUGUGUGAGGAUGAGCGUAGGCUUUUGAGCCACAAGCACGCGUCUGCCAUUAUACAGGGCAUUGGUAAGGACAAAGAGCCCCUAAUUAGCUUCCUGGAACCAAAAAACAAGAGCUCUCCUCCGCCACCCAACCUAGUGCCGAUGAACUCAGGCCAGAGCUUCUUUGGCACAUUCAGUGGAGUACAUUUAGAGGCGGGGAGCAAUAGUGGAGGAGGUGAAGGCCUCCUCAACAAAGACUCUGAUUCCGGUCUCCAGCAACAAGCCCUGCUUGCCCUGGGAGGCCUUGGAAGUCCCAAGCCACCAUCUCUUACCUCAACCCCAGGUCCUGCCAAAGACUCCAUUACCCUGCCCAAGGCUCAGGGAGGGAGAACAGAGGGGCCUGUGGGAAAAGAGGGGACUCAGAGAGGGGAGGAUAGGGACAUGGAGCCCUGUGAAAGCAAAACUCUAAUUCAUGGUGAGGAGGUGGCCUCUGAGGAAGAUGAUGAACUUCUUUUAGAAGAAGAGGAUGAUGACAUGGAAGACGAUGGCACUGCGGUGGCCUGUGGUGGCAGUAGCAGCAGUGGUGGUGGACAAGUCGGGGAACCAGCUGUCUCAAACCAAAGUAUUUCCAAAUCUCCUUUAUUAAUGCCUAGUAGCGCUCUUCAGCCUUCUGCCUGUCCUUCUGCAGCCAGCCCCACACUUAACAGCAAAGUCCCAGCUUCCAUGUGUUCUUCUUCUGUCAGGGGAUCUGAAGAGGGAAUGGCUGCAGAUGGUGGAGGGAGGUCAUCAGAGCCCCCACUGAGCUUUAACUGCCAGGGGCCCACUGUCCCCAUGGCAAUGGCGGCAGCCACCAGAAGAGGAGGUGAGGAGGAUGGAGCCGCAUGCUCCUCAGCAGGAACUUCCUCCCCUCUCACCUCCAACACUGCCGCUGAUGAAAGUGCCAAUCGAGAUAGUGCCACAGCUCCAGAACCAAAUGAAUGCCUGGCAGAGGGAGAUGAUGACAGUGGUGCCCACCUGCACCACCUUCACCACCAUCAUCACCACCCACACCCUUCACCACAAUCCCACCCCAAUUCCCAGCAUGCAGGAACCUGCGACAUUACUGGGGUGGGUGAGUGCACCCAGAACCAUGGGGCUGCAGCCAGUGGAGGAAAUGGGGUUGAGUGCCCCAAAUGUGACACUGUAUUGGGCUCGUCACGCUCCCUGGGUGGCCAUAUGACGAUGAUGCAUUCACGCAACUCUUGCAAGACACUGAAGUGUCCCAAGUGCAACUGGCAUUACAAGUACCAGCAGACCCUGGAGGCCCACAUGAAGGAGAAGCACCCAGACUCCGGGAACUCCUGUGUGUACUGCAGCAGUGGACAGAGCCAUCCACGUCUGGCUCGGGGUGAGAGCUACACCUGUGGCUACAAGCCCUUCCGUUGUGAGGUCUGCAAUUACUCCACCACCACAAAGGGCAACCUGAGCAUCCACAUGCAGUCGGAUAAGCACCUCAACAACAUGCAGACCCUGCAAAAUGGAGGUUCCAUUCCUACAGCCAGUGAGCAGGUGUUCGGGCAUACACCUGGUGGUGUGGUGUCAGUUCCAUCAGCCACCCAGGCCAGCAGUCACCACCCAAGCCACCACCACCAUCCAGCACAGUCGUCCACUCACAUAGCUGGGCCUUGUGGAGCUCCUUCACCCACCAAGCCCAAGAGCAAACCCACUUGGCGCUGCGAGGUGUGUGACUACGAGACCAAUGUGGCCCGCAACCUACGCAUCCACAUGACUAGUGAGAAGCACAUGCACAACAUGAUGCUACUUCAGCAGAAUGUCACACAGAUGCAACACGGACGUCUGGGCCUGGGGGCCAUGCACACGCCCUCUGAGGCAGAGCUUUACCAGUACUACCUGACCCAAAACAUGAGCCUGCCUCCAGGUCUGAAGAUGGAUCCUACUGGAGCCGAUGCCCAAUUCUUGCUAGGCGGAUUCCCCCUGGAUCCUAAUAUGGCUUCCUUGGCUCCAGCAUUAGUAGGAGGGGACAUUCCCAUGGACAUACGUCUAGGCGGUGGGCAGCUAGUUUCCGAGGAGCUGAUGACCCUGGGUGAGAGCCUGUCGCAGACCACUGACCCAUCUCUGAAGCUCUUCCAAUGUGCCGUGUGCAACCGGUUCACCACUGACAACCUGGACAUGCUGGGCUUGCACAUGGGCGCAGAGCGAACGCUGCCUGAGGACGAGUGGAAGGCUGUGGUGGGCGACUCGCACCAGUGCAAGCUGUGCCGCUACACCACACAGCUGAAGGCCAACUUCCAGCUGCACUGCAAGACUGACAAACAUGUGCAGAAGUACCAGCUGGUAGCCCACAUUAAGGAGGGCGGCAAGGGUAAUGAGUGGCGCCUAAAAUGCGUGGCCAUUGGGAACCCAGUUCACCUCAAGUGCAACGCCUGUGACUACUACACCAACAGCCUGGAGAAGUUGCGCAUGCACACUGUCAAUUCACGCCACGAGGCCAGCCUCAAGCUGUACAAGCACCUGCAGCAGCAUGAGAGCGCGGUGGAGGGCGAGGCCUGCUAUUACCACUGCGUCUUGUGUAACUACUCCACCAAGGCCAAGCUCAACCUCAUCCAGCAUGUGCGAUCCAUGAAGCACCAGCGCAGCGAGAGCCUGCGGAAACUGCAACGCCUGCAGAAAGGACUGCCAGAGGAGGAGGAGGACCUGAGCACCAUCUUCACCAUCCGCAAGUGUCCCUCCGCCGAUAUCGGCGAGCUGAGUGAGGAUGUGGAGGCUGCCAGCGAGACCACCACAGACCAGGAGGACCAAACCAAAGACAGAGAGUGUGGGGGGGAGAAGGAGCUCACCAAAGGGACAGCUGCAGGAUCCAGCCUGUCAGAAAGGGAUCAGGUCGAUUCACCGAUUCCCUCCAAGCGGCCUCCUUCAGCAUCCGGGGCUUCAGAGAGCUCCCUCUCUUCCAAGCGUCCCCGGACAUCCGACAAGAGCGCUGGGGAGCAGAUGUACCAGUGUCCCUACUGUAAGUUCACCAACACCGAUCUAAACCGUCUGAGGAUGCACGUGAUGACCCAGCACUCGGUGCAGCCCAUGCUGCGAUGCCCGCUAUGCCAGGACACGCUUAACAACAAGGUCCACCUGCAGUUCCACCUCACGCACCUCCACAGCGUGGCACCGGACUGCGUCGACAAGCUCAUAGCCACCGUGGCAACAUCGGAGGUACUGCCAGCAAGCAUGUUCAUACCAGUCCCAGGACCGGAGAAAGACACUCAGAACACACCCCAAUCCUUGUCUAACUCAACCUCUGAAAGCACAAAGAAACAAACAGAAGCUGCAGAGGUUGAAGCUGAUAAAGGAAUUUCUCUGGUCUCAGACAUAAUUGAAUCUCGCAAGUCACCUCUUGAAGAGCAACAUCCUGCAAGAGACGACACUACUGGUUUCCUUUGCUGGAAAAAGGGCUGUAAUCAAGUAUUCAAAUCCUCCAACGCUCUCCAGCUACACUUCAAUGAGGUCCAUAACAAAAGGCCUCAACUCCCUGUCUCUGACCGCCACGUUUACAAGUACCGUUGCAACCAGUGCAGUUUGGCAUUCAAGACAAUUGAGAAAUUGCAAUUGCAUUCCCAGUACCACGUCAUCAGAGCAGCCACCAUGUGUUGUCUCUGUCAGCGCAGUUUCAGGACGCUACAGGCCUUGAAAAAACACCUGGAGUCAAGUCACCUUGAACUGAGUGAAGCUGAUAUUCAGCAGCUCUAUGGAGGCCUACUAAUGAAUGGAGACCUCAUGGUUAUUGGUGAUCCUUCACUUGGAGAGGACCAAGGAGGUCUCAUUGAAGAUGAGAAAGAAGGAGAGGACAGUGAUCCCGAGGAGAAACAGAGUCCAACUGGCAGUGACUCUGGAUCAUUACAAGAGGAUUCAGGAUCUGAGCCCAAGCGAGCGCUGCCAUUUAGAAAAGGUCCCAAUUUCACCAUGGAGAAAUUCUUAGACCCUUCUCGUCCUUUCAAGUGUACGGUCUGCAAAGAGUCUUUUACCCAGAAGAAUAUUCUUCUGGUACAUUAUAACUCUGUGUCACACUUGCAUAAGGUCAAACGGGCUCUGCAGGAAUCCACUACAGGUCAACCGGAACCAACCAGCAGUCCUGAUAAUAAGCCCUUCAAAUGCAGCACUUGCAACGUCGCAUACAGUCAAAGCUCUACACUGGAGAUUCACAUGCGUUCUGUCCUGCACCAGACCAAAGCCAGGGCAGCCAAACUUGAAGCGGCAGGUGGAGGCUCCAGUUCUGUCAACAGUGGCGCUUUAAGUGGAGGCACCUCAAAUAGCACUUCAACUCCCAGCCCCAUCCCAUCAUCUAACUCAACCAGCUCGAGCAACAAUAGCUGCUCUCCAGCAGGGGUUCAGACAGCACAGAGCAUUCUGGGGGGAAACCAACUGAGUCAGUCUCAGAACCUUGAGACCAUGUCUAACUCCACUUCUCAUCCUCCGCCUUCUGAGAACCACGAGGUGAAAAAAAAGAAAUUUGCAGACAUGCUGUCCUCAAGAGGUCACCAGCAGCUCCAACAGCAGCAGCAGCAGUUGGCACAGGCUCAAGCUCAAGCUCAGGCCCAACUUCAGCAAGAGCUCCAACAGCAAGCGGCCCUCCUUCAGUCCCAGCUGUUCAACCCACUACUCCAGCACUUCCCUAUGACAGCAGAUGCGCUUUUGCCCCUUCAGCAGCAACAGCUCCUGUUUCCUUUCUAUAUCCCUGGGGCAGAAUUCCAGCUGAACCCAGAAAUGAACUUGAACAGUUCUUCACUUAACCUAAGUGGCUCUGCUGCCUCUUUGUUGGAGGAGCAAAAGAACCAGGCCCAGCAGGCCCAACAGAGCUGCCUACAACAGCAACUGAUGCAUCAUCACCUUCAGCAACAGCACCAAGCCCAUUCUCACUCCCAGGCAUCAAGCCAAAUGGCUUUACUUCAGCAGAGCGCAUCUCUGUCACACCCUGUAGAAAAAAAACCAAAGUCGCUUGUUCCUCACAGUGAGAAGGACAGAGAUCUGCCAAAGGAUAAAGAAAUUAUUGAUAAAACAGAGGACCAUGCUCCAAAGGAUAUCCCAGAAAAUUUAAAGUCCAAAGAAAAGAAAGAUAUACCACAGAAUAUAGCUAAUUUGAAUCAGGACAAUGGAUGCCUUCCACCAAGGAUUGCGUCAGAUGCUCGUGGUAAUGCCACCAAAGUGCUAUUGGAGAAUUUUGGAUUUGAAUUAGUCAUUCAGUACAACGAGAACAAACAGAAAGCUCAGAGAAAGCACACAGGAUCUGUGUCUGGAUCAACUGCAUCUGGUGGUAUCACUAGAGUUGUGGACCCAGUUGAGGGACUGGAGAAAUUGGAAUGUGAGGCCUGCGGAAAACUCUUUUCCAACAUAUUAAUACUAAAAAGUCACCAGGAGCAUAUCCAUCAGGCCUUCUUCCCAUUUAGAUCACUAGAGAGGUUUGCUAAGGAGUACAGAGAACAAUAUGACAAGCUAUACCCACUAAGACCACAAACACCUGAGGCUGCUCCUCCCCCACCACCACCUCCUCCUCCCCCGCCGCCACCACCUCCUCCACAGAGGGUACCGACACCAAAUAUUCCUGUCUCAACCCCAGCACUUACUCCACCAACUGCUUCAACCCCACAGCCCCCAGGUCCACUACCUCAGAUUCCAAUGCCAAUGGAUCUUCCUCUCUUCUCUCCACUCAUGAUGCAGCCAAUGUCCCUCCAGUCACUGCCUUCUCAAAUUCCAGCGCAGUUACAAGCUGUUGAGCCUGGUCUAGCCACUGAUCUUGCACAUCUGUACCAGCAGCAGCUCACACCUGCUAUGCUGCAGCAGCAGCAGAAUAAGAGGCCCCGCACCCGUAUUACAGAUGACCAGCUAAGGGUUCUAAGACAGUACUUUGACAUAAACAAUUCACCAAAUGAGGAACAAAUAAAAGAAAUGGCAGACAAGUCAGGACUUCCACAGAAAGUUAUUAAGCACUGGUUUCGGAAUACUCUCUUCAAAGAGCGACAGCGCAACAAAGACUCCCCCUAUAAUUUCAACAAUCCCCCUAUCACUACUCUGGAAGAUGUCAAAAUUGACUCUAAACCGCCUUCACCUGAACCCCAAAAACCAGAGUGCUAUGGCAGUAAGAGGUCCACAAGGACUAGGUUCACAGACUACCAGCUUCGAGUAUUGCAGGAUUUCUUUGAUGCUAACGCAUACCCUAAAGAUGACGAAUUUGAACAGCUGUCCAAUCUUUUGAGCCUACCAACUAGGGUCAUUGUUGUUUGGUUCCAGAAUGCCAGACAAAAAGCUCGUAAAAAUUAUGAGAACCAGGGUGAUGGAGCAAAAGAUGGUGAGCGGCGUGAGCUGUCCAAUGACCGAUACAUUCGCACUACUAACUUGAACUAUCAGUGCAAGAAGUGCAGUCUGGUCUUCCAGCGGAUAUUUGAUCUUAUUAAACAUCAAAAGAAGCUUUGCUACAAAGAUGAGGAUGAGGAAGGGCAAUAUGACAGUCAAAAUGAAGACUCUCUUGACCUCUCACACGAAUACUUUUCAUCCUCUGGGUCAUCAGGUCACACACCGAUGUCAUCGUCCUCAAGCCUCUGCCCUCUUCCACCUUCAUCAACAUCAUUCUCUCACAUGACAUCAUCUGAGAAGGUCGAAGCUACAUCCACAAAUACAUCAAACACGUUUGAUGAGAAAUCCAAAAAUUCUGCAGAACCGUCUCUGGGUCCAAGAGAGCAGUCAUCACUGAAACAAGAAGGCAGUCAACCAGCUGAGAUUCCACAACAGAAAGCACCACGAGAGGAAAAGGUUCAACAUGCCCCAAAGAACACAAAGCUUUCUUCACCUUCCCUCUCUCAACAGCAACAACAUAGCACUGCUUCAGCUUCUGCUGCCCAUACCAGCCAAAACCCCUCCCAAAGUUCUCUGAUGGCUCUUAAUUCCCAUUUAGCCUCACAGCAGCAGCUGGCCCAGCAAAUGAUUCCCUACCAGUGUGAGCAAUGUAAACUUGCUUUUCCCUCAUUUGAGCACUGGCAAGAACACCAGCAGCUUCACUUCUUGAGCGUCCAAAACCAAUUUAUUCAUCCACAGUUCUUGGACCGACCAAUGGACAUGCCUUUUAUGUUAUUUGACCCCAGCAACCCUUUGCUGGCUAGCCAGCUACUAGCUGGAGCAUUGCCACAAAUACCCAGCAGCUCUGCUACUUCUCCGUCCACACCUACAUCCACCAUGAACUCCCUAAAGAGAAAGCUAGAGGAAAAGGCAGGCACUAGUCCAGGGGAAAAUGAUAGCACCAACAGUGGGGAAGAACCACAAAGAGACAAACGUCUCCGAACCACUAUUACACCAGAGCAGCUUGAGAUCCUUUACCAGAAAUAUUUACUAGAUUCUAACCCUACCCGAAAGAUGCUUGACCAUAUUGCUCAUGAGGUGGGGCUCAAGAAACGGGUCGUGCAAGUAUGGUUCCAAAACACCAGAGCCAGGGAAAGAAAAGGACAGUUUCGGGCUGUCGGGCCAGCUCAAGCCCAUCGCCGUUGCCCCUUUUGUCGCGCCCUCUUCAAAGCUAAAACUGCCUUGGAAGCCCACAUCCGUUCACGCCACUGGCAUGAGGCAAAGCGUGCUGGUUACAACAUAACACUCACUGGUUUACUAUCUGAACAAGAUGGGAUGCACUUGAAGAUGGAUCCGCAGGAUAUUGUUAACUUCUCUCAUAUUGGUUCUUCUAAUAAUGAUGGCCAGUGCUCAUCUCUGUCACCUGUGAGUAAAACCAUGGACUUGUCUCCCAGAGCACUUUUAAGUCCAACAUCAAUUAAGGUUGAGGGAAUGGAGGAGUUUGAAAGCCCAACCAUGUCAUCAGUAAACAUUAGCUUUGAUCAGAGCAAGCUUGAUAAUGAUGAUUGUUCUUCUGUGAACACUGCAAUUACUGACACCACUACCGGUGAUGAGGCAAAUGCAGAGAAUGACAGUGCUGAUAUGAAGCACAGCCACAACAGUGGAGAUUUCUUGUCUAAGACUGGCGGAUCAGUCCCGUCUCUUGAGAACGAUGACCAGAUGUCUUCAGGACUAGUGAGCCCUGCAACAAGUUAUUAUGCAAAGGACUUUGAAAAUGAAAACAUGGUGGAUUACAGUGAAACAUCUAGUCUGGCUGACCCCUGCUCACCAAGCCCUGGGGCAUCUGGAAGUAGAAGUAUUGACAGUGGAGAAAGGCCAGGGCAAAAGCGCUUCCGAACUCAGAUGACUAACCUCCAGCUGAAAGUCCUUAAGUCAUGCUUCAGUGAUUAUAGGACCCCUACAAUGUUGGAGUGUGAGGUACUCGGCAAUGACAUUGGACUCCCAAAAAGAGUUGUACAGGUCUGGUUCCAGAAUGCUCGCGCUAAAGAAAAGAAAGCCAAACUCAGUAUGGCCAAGCACUUUGGAAUCAACCAGACUUCUUAUGAGGGACCUAAGACAGAGUGCACCUUGUGUGGUGUGAAAUACAGUGCACGUCUCUCAGUGCGGGACCACAUCUUCUCCCAGCAACACAUCUCCAAGGUGAAGGAGACUAUUGGAAGCCAGCUUGACAAAGAGAAAGAGUACUUUGACCCAGCCACUGUCCGUCAGCUAAUGGCACAGCAAGAGAUGGAUCGCAUCAAGAAAGCCAAUGAGGUUCUUGGUCUUGCACAACAACAAGCCAUGCAGCAACAAGGGAUGUUUGACAGUCCAGCCUUGCAAGCCCUAAAUUUGCAGUCGGCCUAUCCAAAUCUGCAAGGAAUACCCCCGGUUCUCCUGCCAGGGGUUGGAAGCCCUUCCCUUCCAGGUUUUAACUCUACUAACUCAGCUUUAACCCCUCCAAAGCCUCCCAACAUUCUAAACAUGUCCGGUGCCAGUGUACCUUCACCCAGUCUACCCACAUCUGGUUUACCCAACAAGAUCCCCUCUUCUUCCUCCUUGGCCUCACCCAGCCCAGCUCAGGCCAGCACUUCUGUUGCCCACUCAACUACUACUACCACACCCACAUCAAACUCCCUGACCACCCAACUAGGCCCCCGGGCUGAUCCUCUCAAAGAGCGUGAAACUGAGAAAGCCAGGGAGAAAGAGAAGCCCAAGGAAAAAGUCGAGAAGCCCUCCACACCAUCCUCAACUGCGGGUACUCCUGCUCCCUCCACUUCUGCUGCCAGUGCCAAGAAAGAAAAACCCGACACAGCUGUCCCAGCCACCUCAAUGCCAACACCUGGCAUGGAGUACGUGGUUGAUCCUGCUCAGCUUCAAGCUCUGCAGGCUGCUUUAGCAUCAGAUCCAACAGCACUGCUUACCAGCCAGUUCCUGCCCUAUUUUAUGCCAGGUUUCUCUCCGUAUUAUGCCCCUCAGAUUCCAGGGGCCCUUCAAGGUGGAUACCUUCAGCCUAUGUAUGGCAUGGAAAGUCUUUUCCCCUACAACCCAGCUUUAUCACAAGCCCUGAUGGGGUUAUCACCAGGAUCACUGCUCCAGCAUUACCAGCAAUAUCAACAGAGCCUGCAGGAAGCACUUCAGCAGCAGCAGCGACAGCUUCAGCAAAUCCAGCAACCGAAAGCAAGCCAAACCCCAGCUUCUUCUCAGCCCUCGGUGGACCGCAAAGAUUCUGCCAAAGAUCCAGUAAAAACAGAGGAGAAGAAAGGCACUCUCCCAGUUGAUACCUCUUCACAUAAUAACUUACCCCCUGAGCAGCAUGAAGUGGAUGGUAAAGGUGCAGACCCCCUUCUUGACCAAUACAUUGUCCCCAAAGUUCAGUAUCGGCUGGCGUGCCGCAAGUGUCAAACUGUUUUCAGCAAGGAGGAAGCAGCUAUCAGCCACCUGAAGUCAAUCUGCUUUUUUGGUCAGUCUGUGGCAAACCUGCAAGAGAUGUUGCUUCGAGUCCCCAGCAGUGGCAGUUCAGCUGAGGGUAGCCUCUAUGACUGCCUGGCUUGUAAUGUCACUCUGGAUGGGGACAAGGCACUUAGUCAACACCUGGAUUCAUCCUUGCACAAACACAGAACAAUCACGCGAUCAGCCGGAAAUGCCAAAGAGCACGCUACUAGUUUAUUACCUCACUCUUCAGCCUGCUUCCCCGAUCCUAACACCGCAUCUACCUCGCAGUCUGUCACCCACCCAAACAACACCACGACAUCUCCCCCGCCAACGACGUCAAACACCACGCCAUCCUCAUCUGUGUCUGCAUCCUCAUGCUCCUCUGCCACAGCUGCCACACUUAACACCACAGCUGCCAGCAAACCCUGGCCCCAGGCCCCUUUCUCUAAAGCUUUAGCUGGAAAGCCCAAUGCCACCCCUUCGACAUCAUCCUCUUUUCCUCCAGUAUCCUCACCUUCAACGGUUACCUCAAGUUCAUUGAGCACCUCAGGGGUUCAGACCUCGAUACCAACAGACGUCUUUACCGACGACUCUGACUCGGACAGCAGUCAGAAAUCAGCAGACAGGCUGGGCAGGUUGGCAGAGGAGCCACAGCAGCCCAGCUGUCUCAAAGACAGUGAUAGUUGUAGUAGUAAUAUGGCUAGUGUAGGAACAGACUCCAUCAGACUGUAAAAGAGCUUUCAACGAUGGACAAUAUUUUAAAAAACAAAAAACAAAAAAACAAAUAAAACACAAAAGCUAAAAAAAGCGGCGAUGUUUAAAAUAUGUUUAAAAGUAUACGAACCAAUUUCAGAAGAAAAAAAAAGAUGUGUAAAGACUAACUGCAAUUCCAAAGCUUGUAACCAAAAAUUUAAAUGUUAGUGGAUUGUUUUCCCAUAUGAACAUGCUGGUUUUAAUUUGUUUCAACUUAAGUAUAUAGCUAUAUGUAUACACAUAUAUUAAAUUAACGAAAGAAGAACACUGCAGUUAACAUGCGGAUAAUGCUAAGGGAAUGCUGCAUUGCAAAGGACUGCCUCAAAAACCACACAAAUCAGAUGGGCCCCAGAUUCUGUCUAUACAAAGAAGAACGAGAUAACGAUGCACACCUUGUUUUGCAUAGGUACGUCCACCUAAUAGCACAGUCACACAAAGCCAGUAUGUACUGUAUGGGAGAAUAGUCUUACAGUUUUCUUGCUAUCUAAGCAUUCAAAUACCAAUGGCUUGCUAAUGAAAAAAAAAAGAAUGAUGUAAUGUCUAUUUUAUUCUCAGGUCAACAGCUCACAACCUUUUUUUUUUUUUUUUUAUGUUACGUUAUUUUAUUCAUUUUGUUCCUGACAAACGACAAAACGUUUCUGUUUUUGUUUUUUUGGGGUUUUUUUUGUAUUACUUUUAAUAGAAAUUCUUUCGGAAGUGAUACGAACCAAGACAGAGCUUUCUGGGAAUCCAAAAGGGUCGCUAAACCGCUAAAAUUCUGUUAAACGGGACAUUAAAAAAACUCUCUCCCACCACACCCAAACAAGAAACGCAGUGAGGGAUCUUUUUUUAUUUUUUUUUAUUUUUAUUUUAAAGAAAAAGAAAAAAAACCUGUAUUUAUGAUUGAUAUAAAACAUUUUUCGUGUUAAGUAGAUUGUUGCAUUGGAAAUAAAUUUAAACAGUAUGGUAGACUGAAUAAUCUUUGUGUACAUUUAGCUUUUGUAUUGUCCAACCUUAAAGCGCUUCAUUUGAUGUUGUCUUGGUCAUUCCAAUAGACUAGAUUGAGGAGCAGGAACUGAUCUGUACUUUAUUUCGGUAUAGUCAAAUCCGCAUCUUGGAUUUUUGUUCACCCAAACUGCCACCGACAGACUCGGCAGAAUCCCUUUGUUCUCAUGAGGGGGUUUCUUUCCUUUGACGGUUGGUGCAGCGACCUGACCAAAAAAAAAAAAAAAAAAGGAAAAGAGAUCUGUUUUGAAAAUGAUUAUUCACUUAUAUUUGUGUUACCUAUUGUGCACUUACAAACGUCUCGACUUACUUUAUCUCUGUCUUUUAUUUUUCUUUCUUUCUUUUUUUUGUAUGCGUGUUACUCUCUCCUUCCUUUUUUGUUUUCUUUUCUUUUCUUUGCUUCCACUGCAUUUUGUAGGUUUCGGAGAUCUUUCUCCUUCGACACUACAAAGCAGAUGUGUAUUUUAUGCAGUGUGGCUGCAGUCUGUUAUAGGCUUUAAUUUCCUUCUUCUUCUUCUUCUUUUGUUGUUGUUGUUGUUGUUGUUGUUGUCAUACAAGAAAAAGAAUAAUAAUAAUUCUCACGCUUUAAAAACGAAAAGAAAAUCCAAAGACUAAACACUUUCACCAUUGGUGCAUAAAGAUGAGAAAAGAGGCUUCUUUAUACUUGAGAAAUUUGUUGCAGUUUUUAAGAAAAGAAAACAAAGUUUUAAAAUAAAAGGAGAACGCAUCAGAGUUGCCGUCUUCGCUUCUUUGCGAGCAGACAGGUGGCUUUUUUACGUCGAAAAAUACCAAGAAUACCAAAAACCAAAAAAGGACGCUCGUCCUUGCGUUGUGGAGUAGCACCAUUACAGAGCCAUUGCAGUUUGUAAGAUAGAAGUGGAGAAUCUCUUUGUUUAACUCUUCUUGUCACACAAGAUAUUUCUUUUUCUUUCUUUCUUUUUUAGUUUUCGUUUUCUUUUUUCUUAAGAAAAUGUAUAAGGUCUGGUCUCUGAGGACAUACGUUUUGCUGCUAAUGUAGAUUUUGAAAAGAAGAAUACCUAGAUGCAUGCUCAUUUUACUUCUUGGCUAAGCUUUAAGAAAAAAAAUGAAAAACAACAAAAAAAAACCACACACACAAACAAACAAAAACAACCAAGUAAACCAUUUCCCUGCCUCUGCGACAUUUUUUUUUCUUCUUGUUGCAAAAACGGAACUUUGAAGACUGUGAAUAUAUGUUCCAAAGGACAUUUUGGCUUUAUCGUUUUCUCUCUCUUUCUUUCUCUUUCUUUCUACUCUUUCUUUUUUAACAGACCAAUGUCAAAAAGCCAAUGAUCUGUCAUGUUUGUAAAGAACAGUGCAUUCCAAAUAGCGCGUCCGAUUUCUUAAGAAACGACAGCAAUCUUUCGAGCGAAUUUUGAAGUAAGAUUUUCUCUCCCCGCGUUAAAAAAAGUAAUUCCGCCAUCGUGGUGUUAAGGAACGUCGCCAUUUUUGGGAGUCGUGUGAAGGGAGUUCACGUCCCCGCAAUCCGCUUAAGGCUGGUUUUUUCUGCGCACUUGAAGUAGAUCAUCGUGUAACAGUGGCUAACCAAAAAUGUACAUAUUGUAAUGCAUCUGGUCCUAACAUGUCUCACCGGUCUAGUGUCAUCACGCCUCUCCGUCUUUAAAAGAGUCUGAGAAAGGAAUAAAGUGUGGAAUGGUGUGGCCUCCCCUCGUGGAAAAAUCAAGUAGGGACCUGCCCCCAGGUUUCUGAAGGGCGUUAAGCCUUUUUGGGUUAUUUUUACGGUGUGUAUUAUUACAGCUUUUCCAAGGGACAUCUUCAUUCCAAAGCGUUCUAUAUAAAACUGGGAAAUUAGCAGCAGUGUUUUUUUGUUUUUUAAUUUUUAUUUAUUAAUAUUUUCUGAUGGUGAUUCUUACCGUUUUGUCCAAAGAGGUCAAUGGAAAUGGAUGUGUUUAAUCCAAAUUUCCCAUUAUUUUUUGGAGAAUUCUCACCAAAAAAAGGAUUCAGUUUGAACUGGACAGCAGGUGUAUCAGCCUAGGUACAUCGCUGCAAUCUAGGAAGCGUGUUAAAGAGUGUUACGUCUUGCAGAGGAAUGUGGUUCGGUGUUUAAAAAGAAAAAAAAUUCUGCAUGCUAUUGAAAUUCGGUCGAUUAUUAUUUUAUUAUUGUUUUUUUUUUUUAAAUGCAAAAGCUUGCCACUUCUAUUCAAUCCUGUUACCUAAAAUAUUUUUUUUCCAUAAUUAUUUGUAAGAAUUUCGAUGUACAGUUUAUUUUUUAAUGCUUUUUUUUUUUUUUUUGCUUCGACUUUCAUUUCAAAUCACGUCGGACAUUUAUUAUUUUUCAUAUAACUAUUUGUAUUUUAUUUUCUGUAUAUUAAUUUUGUGUCGUUGAUGUUUUUUUUUUUGUUGUUGUUGUUGUUGUAUGCAUAAAUUAACGUUUUUAACACCAGCUUUAAAUUUCAAUCACUUGUUUGUUUGGUUUUUUUUCUUAUUAUUCUAAGACCUGGCCACUUUAAAUGGUGUACCAAUGUUCCUAUAUUUGUCUUUUUCGACAAUGUUUGAUCUCUCGCUUCCAAAGUGUGCUCUUUAUUUAACGGGCUCUUUAUUUCGUGAGGGAUGAAGUUCAGAUCCUCACAAUCAACUCUGCCAGCAUGGACUGUGUGUGUUUUUAUUUCUUUUCUUUAUUUUUUUAUUUUUAUUUUUUAGGAGCCAACGUCAGUUUAUUUAGUAUUGUGUUUUGUUUUUUUUAUUUUCUCUCCACUUUCAUUUCACACCAAAACAUUCAAAACUGCAAAGCUGUUUCUUCAGUACAAGAGAAUUUUUUUUUUAUUCCUAAUAAUUGGGUAAUGAGAAAUUGAUACUGAAGCACUGAGCAGUUUCCUUUUUUAAUACACUUCAUUAAAUAUAUGUAUGUGGCCAAAGCAUAAUGCAGAUGAAAAGUUGUUGCCCCUGAUGAGUGUAUAUUUAUUGUGGCACAACACAACACAUGACUGAGAUACAUCGACUCUCAUCGGGAUACUUGAUUUUUUGGUUUUUUGGUUUUUAUUUUUUUUAAAUAAUUUUUUUGUGGACAUUUUGCAAAGAGAGACAGAAGGCAGGUUUUGCUGUAGAGGUCAUCCUUUUUGCCCACUGUGAAGAAACAUGUAUACAGAUAUAGAUAUAUUUAAAGAAGACAUCAACUUUUUUUUAAAUGACAAAGAAGGAAAACAAAGAGAACAGAACUCUGGGAAGCUUUGGAAAAAUGUCAUUAAAAUGUCUAGGAAGGCUGUCGAAACUGGGGAUGGGAGCCAAAGGCAGGAAAAAAAAUCAUCAGAGGCACCUCUUGAUAUCCAGUCGUUAUUUAAUUACUGACAAUAUGCCUACGGAAACAGACUCAGCAACCGGCGGACGUACAGUACGUGAAAACAGAGAGGAAUAAAAACCCGGAGACUUCCCGGACGCGGCCGGAUCGGCCGCUCUUUCGGAACAGUGGAUGAAAUCCACAGGAUGGACGGUACCACACGUCUCUAUUUUCGCCCAGUCCAUGGUGUUGCUACCUGUUUCGUUUUUCUUCGUCUCGUCGACGGACAGCACUGACCUGGAGUCAGCCGGGGGAGGGGGGGAAACAAUCUCAUCAAACCAUUGAAAAAGUAAAGGACUCGCUGUUCGAGGAGUGUGAGGGGGUUUUCUUGGCUGUCAUUCCUGAGGAAGCAGUUAUACACGAAAAAGCAAAUGAAACCAAAAUUAACAAGCAACCAAACAAAAACAAACAAAAACGAAAAAAAAAACAAAAACAAAACACGAGCUCCGAUUUCAAAGACAAAC